GCUUGAACUGGCCAGCUCGCCGAGAAGCUAUUGCACCUGAAUUCACAGAACACAGCCAGUGCACUCGACGACGCAGCCGGCCAUUUGAAACUCAUAAUCCACGCUUUAUCAGCCCUGCGGAGCCCCUCUACUGGCCUUUUGGACCUUGACGCUUUUUAAUUCGACCUGCCACCACACGUCAUCUUCGGGCCUUAUCAACGUGCAUCCUGAAUGAGCUCCGCGAACUCCAAGUGACUUUGUUUAUGGAUGAGACACGGACUUAAAAAUGUCCUCAUCUGGGCCCGACAUUUCCGAGCUGUCCGAGAGCCAGCGGUCUGCUCUUGAGACCUACACCACAGUGACUGGCCAGGAGCCGGUGGAGGCCAUUGCAUUACUGGGCCGGUCGCAAUGGAAUGUACAGAUUGCCAUCGCUAAAUUCUUUGAUGGCGAGGGACCAGAUCCUGUUGAAGAAGCUCGCACGUCGCUCGAAAACGCUAGCCCUCCCCGUCCAACCCGACAAACGCAGAACCUGCUGCACGAGGAUCUGACUGCACGCUUUACCCCAGCCUCCCCCGCUGUCGAGCCAGCUCCCCGGAUCGUGACGCAACCAGGAGACCAGCCUGUUUACCGUCCUCCGUUCAUACUAGCUCUCGUCUUCGCCCCGUUCAACCUUCUGUAUAGACUGUUUGUUGGUUCUUUCCGCCUUUUUGGAACCCUGUUUCCCUUUCUUCCCCGACUACUCAAUACAACAGCAAGCCCAAAUCUACAAGGAAUCCGACGAAACACUAAUGGACGACGCCCCCUCGCGCCCAAAGAUACCGCGGCAAGGUUUAUCCGUGAAUUCGAGGAGGAAUAUGGAACCAAUUCGCUCGAGUUCUUGGAGAAUGGGUAUAACAUGGCUUUGGAAAAAGCGCACCGGGAAUUGAAGUUCCUUUUGGUCGUUCUUGUCGCACCAGAGCACGACCACACGGAUGCUUGGGUUAAAGACACACUUUUGUCAAAAGAGGUCACCGAUUUUAUCAACGACCCUCAGAACAACAUCAUCGUUUGGGGUGGGAAUGUGCAAGAUGCCGAGGCUUACCAGGCUGGAAACUCCCUCCGAUGCACGAAAUUCCCGUUCGCUGCUGCGAUUGCGCAUACGCCGGGUGUUUCUUCGACCGCCAUGUCUGUUAUUGCUAGAAUAUCGGGGGCAACCUCGCCUGCAGAAUUUGUAGAGAAACUCCGCACUUCAAUUUCGCAAAAUAAGGAACCUCUUGAGCGCAUCAGGGCCACGCGGGCGGAGCAACAAGCCUCUCGCAGUCUCCGAGAGGAACAGGACUCAGCAUACGAGCGCUCACUCGCCAUCGAUCGAGAGCGGGCUAGACAAAGACGGGAAGCAGAAGCUGCGAGACAGCAGGAAGAGCAGCUAGCCGCGGAACAGCAAGCAGCUGAAGAAAAGCGCUUGCAAAACGUUGAACAAUGGAAGCGAUGGCGAGUCCAGUCUAUCCGCGAUGAACCAGACAUAGAUGUCAAGGAUGCUGUCCGUAUUAGUAUCCGUCUACUAUCCGGUGACCGUGUUAUCCGCAGAUUCGCGCCUGAUGCCGAUAUGAAUGAACUCUACGCAUUUGUUGAAUGUCACGACAUUAUGCAAGAGGCGGAAAUAUCAGAAAAGACCACGUCGGAAAAGCCAGAUGGAUACGACCAUGUCUACGGCUUCCGGCUUGUCUCGCCCAUGCCCCGAGUCGUCUAUGAAGCCGACACUGGCUCCAUCCGGGACAAGAUUGGCCGCGGCGGAACUCUUCUAGUGGAACCCAUUGACGAUGAAAGCGAUGAGGAUUAGUCUAGAAAUAUCAUACUAAUACCCGUUCACUGUAUCGCCAUCCCUCUCGAGAUCUGUACCAGCACAAUCACUAUGUAGGAAAUACCUUGUACGGGUACAUGCAAAUGCCAUAAGUAGACCAUCAGUAGCUUUUAUUAUUGAGGAUUUGGAUGUCUACCUGCAAAUCCAUUCUUCAAGUCUUUAGGCUGGAUGCGCUGUUGAGUACUCUUCAGUGGCCUUAUUAUAUACUAGGAGCGGUAGGGUAAGGUCCUCGGUUUUAUGGUCUUCAGCCUGCCUGAGAUUCUCUUCAAAGUCGUAGACCACCAGAUCUAGAUACACAACAGCAACUAUUUAAUCUUCGGG